ACAACCAGUUAUCAUACGUAGCAGAGUCUUGCACCUUACCUCUCGAGUCAUAUUCGGGGGAUUUCAAGGUCAAUCUUGAGUGUCAUGUAUUACCUCAGAUUACCAACACAUUACCUUCAUGCAACAUCGAUAUCAGGUCUUUAAAAUUACCGCCUCAUAUUCGAUUAGCUGAUCCAUCUUUCCAUAUUUCUUCACCUAUCGACAUAUUGGUAGGAGCAGAUGUCUUCUGGGACGUCAUAUGUUCAGAUUUCAUCGAUCUCGGUAAGCAAUGCCCAAAAUUGCAAAAAACAAAACUUGGUUGGCUGGUUUCUGGCACAAUCAAGGCAUAUACACAAUCACAUAAAAAUAAAGCACAUCAAUCGUCUUGCUUUUUCACUCAGCGCGAUGAUGCCUUGCUAACACGAUUUUGGGAAUUAGAGUCGGUUUCUUCUAAAUAUAACUUAACGCUAGAAGAGCAAGCCUGUGAAAAAAGUUUCGCAGAGAACACUCGACGUGACACUGAUGGUCGAUUUAUUGUGACUAUACCCUUAAAAGAGUCACCCGAGGUUCUCGGCGAUAAUUAUCACUCGGCCAAAAAUCGCUUGCUAGCACUUGAGCGUAGAUUUCAACGCGAUUCAGUUUUAAAAAAGAGAUACUACGAUUUUAUGACUGAAUAUAGAGACUUAGGUCACAUGAGCGACACAGUUAUUUCAAAACCUACUGAACCUGAUUCUCAAAACCGGUAUUAUUUGCCCCAUUUUCCGAUUAUUCGGGAAAAUUCUACUACGACAAAAUGUCGCGUCGUAUUCAAUGCCUCAGCAUUAAAUAAGGGCAAAACAUUUAACAGCAUUCAAAUGGUCGGUCCUGUCGUCCAGGAUGACUUACUUUCUAUUUUACUGCGCUUCCGUCAGCACAAAUAUGUUGUUUCGGGAGACAUUGAGAAAAUGUAUCGAGCCAUUUUAGUCGAACCCACACAACGUUCACUUCAACAAAUUUUAUUUCGAUUUGAUCCGAGUGAACACAUAAGACCUUUUACGUUGAACACGGUUACUUACGGUACAGCAUCUGCACCGUACCUAGCCACUAAAUGCUUGGUUUCGUUGGCAGAACAAUGUUCAGAUCCUAACGCAAAAAUUGCCAUUUCGAGGGACUUUUAUGUUGACGAUUUUAUUAGUGGUGGUGAUUCCAUAGAAUCUGUCAUUGACCUGUGCAAAAAUGUAGAUAAAACUUUACUGUCGGCACAAUUCAAGCUGCGUAAAUGGCAAUCAAAUAGCUCCGAAGUCUUGAAAUCAUUAACUAACGACAAUGCACUUGAACAAAUCAAUAAAAAUAAAACUUUAAAUCUAGAUGAAUCAUUACCCUGCAAAACUCUUGGUCUUCAAUGGGAUUGUAACUUAGAUCAUUUAUUAUUCACAAUUGACCUAGAUCCUAAAGCCAAGAAAAUUACUAAACGUAAAAUUCUAUCUCUUAUUAGUCAAAUCUUUGAUCCGCUUGGGAUUCUAGGGCCUUGCACUGUUCAAGCAAAAAAGGUAAUGCAAAACCUUUGGAUAGAUAAAUGCGGUUGGGAUGAGGAAGUGUCAAAAGAUACCCAGAACACCUUUUUGAACUUCAUAGAUUCUCUUAUUUCUCUUAAAUCACUUCGUAUUCCUCGUUGGGUUAGUUUUGAUAACGUUAUUCGUUUGGAACUUCAUACGUUUUCAGACGCAUCGGAACGUGCUUACGGUGCAUGUAUCUUCGUGAGAGCGGUCGACGCAAAUGGCACGGUACAAGUUCGCCUUCUAGCUUCCAGAAAUAAAGUGGCGCCUUUGAAGCCUACCACAAUCCCCAGACUCGAGCUUUGUGGUGCGCUCCUGGCGUCUAGACUUCACGCCAAAGUGAUGUCAUCAAUCACCCUUAAGCGCAUGAAAUGGCAGAGGGGCUCAUCCACAAGUCUCCAGCUAGGUAGCCUGGUGCUCGUGAAAGACAGAGCGCAGCCACCACUUUUAUGGCUGCUUGGAAGAGUGGAGAAGGUGCACCCAGGACAGGACGGAGUGGCUCGCGUGGCAGAGAUCAAGACCAAGAAGGGAGUCAUCACGCGGGCCUUUAACAACAUUUGCCCCCUUCCAAUUUCCAACUCGCGCGGGCAGGAUGUCUAG